UCUGUGUGCUUUUAUGACAUUAUCAACGGACUGUCAAUUUAUCACUAGAAGGACGGCAUGGGCCUACUAAAUAAAGCAAAAUGAAAUGUUGCAACACUCAGUGUUCCUUGGUUCACUUUAGUACCCUUGUCAUACUGUACUUAGAAAUGUUUUCCCCGGUUGCAAAUUAUUUACCCACAAUGGUAAAUUUGAAGUAUUUGUUUAUCACGGUCCAACAGAUGAAGUUCAGCAGCAAUUUUGAUGACUUUGCCAUGACAUGGAAACUCAUCAACGAUAAUAUGCAAAUAUAUGCUGCUGUUAAAAAAAACGUGGUUGUUUCAUAAUUGUUUUUGGCUAGUUGGACGUGUUUUAAGAAAGCAUAGUGCAUAGAACAUAGUACCUAUGUCAUGGAUUGUGAGUGUUCACGUCAUAGGCCUACUGGAGAUGAGUUUCCUUAUUUGAAGGUAAGGAUUACUGAGGUUUAUUAUCCAAUACAUAGUGUAGAGGCCAUGGAAAUUGGUCACCCCCUUUUUCCAUUUUGCCCCCUCCUCUUUUAUAAUGUAAUAGUCCAGACUUUGCUUUACCUCUGAGAAUAAUGGACUGAUCCAAGAGUUGCCACAUCAGCAAGGGACAGGAAGUUGGCUUCAUUGUUCUUACAAGCAAUGACCCUGCCAACAUCUGCAAUUAAGUUGUCCUCAUGCAUUUCUGUAUCUUUGGCUGACAACUCUCCAUUAUUUCUUACAGGGUCACCAACUUCAUCAUUUUAAUGUAACUCUCGUAAGUGCCAUCUCUGGCAAUUACACGGGUGUAACAAUAUGCCGUGAAGUGAAAGAGCUAUAGACAAGUCUGUCCCAGUCUGAGGGGGCAACUUUCACGAGUGCAGUGCUGGCUGGUGGAGGUUCUACGCAAGGCAACCUGCGUAGUGCUAUGACUCGGGAGAAAAGAGAAAUGGAAGGUGGUGAGAAGACCAAGAGGAAGUCGAAGAAAGACAAGAAAAGAACGAAGUCAAGCCAGGAGGCCAGUGAAGAAACAAGCCAGGAGCCUACUCGGAAGAAAUCAUGGAAGGAGAAAAAGCGAGACAAGACAAGUGAGGAGUCUGAGGAACAGUUGAGGGCGGAGCCUGCUCAGAAGAAAAAGUCAAUGAAGUACAAGAAGAGAAGUGAAGACAAGAUGUCCCAUCCACCAGGCCCUUCCUGUGUCCCCAAAGAGCCAGUGAAGGAGAGUGAGGAAAGUCAAAGAAGAAAAGCAGACACAUCGACGACGAGGCUGUGGCACCAGACCAAGCAGGUCCCUCCAAGCCCAUGUCACAUGCUGAAAGAACUCACUACACAGCCAUCCAGAGAGAAAUGCAGGAUGCGAGACCCAAGUAUCGGGCCGUGGCUGAGACAAGUUCAUCAGAGGAUGAGGAGUAUGUUCCAGGUCCAUCCCUUGACGAAGAUGAGGCAAGCGACCUACAUGUAUUCAUUGAAUGGUUCUGGUCUGAGGGAGAGGAAGAGGAGUCACAGGCAGAGGAGGAAGAUGAAGAGGAUGACGAUCAUGAUGACCAGGUAGAAGAACCGCAGGCCCAUCCAGCAAAAC